CUUCUGGUGGACAAGGCUGGGGCUGCUGUUGACGGUUCACACAGACUUAGCCAUCACGGCUAAGAAAGCUCGCCAUUCUUCUAUGCGGUUAUGGUAUUUUAGCCGUGUAUACGUCCUCGGUGACUUUUGCUGUUCACCACCUGUAUUUUAUAACCUACAAUUAACCUUGCUGCAAGGAUGAAGUUCCACCUAGCCUGCGGUAAGGUGCAAGCCGCAUCCGAUGGAACCCUCUUCUCAAACAUCGGGCAAUCCGAUGCAUCAUUUCAUUAUGUUGCGGCCCCAGUUGAUGGAUUCUGACAUGGACUAUGAGAGGCCAAACGUUGAGACUAUCAAGUGUGUGGUGGUAGGGGACAAUGCUGUUGGAAAGACCCGUCUUAUCUGUGCCCGGGCCUGUAAUGCCACACUCACUCAGUACCAAUUGCUUGCAACACAUGUCCCUACUGUCUGGGCCAUAGACCAGUACAGAGUUUGCCAGGAGGUUUUGGAGCGAUCUAGGGAUGUGGUGGAUGACGUCAGUGUGUCCUUGCGCCUCUGGGACACAUUCGGCGACCAUCACAAGGACCGGCGCUUUGCAUACGGAAGGUCAGAUGUGGUGGUUCUGUGUUUCUCCAUCGCCAACCCCAAUUCGCUGUACCAUGUGAAGACUAUGUGGUACCCCGAGAUCAAGCACUUCUGUCCCCGGGCUCCUGUCAUCCUGGUAGGCUGCCAGCUGGACCUACGCUACGCUGACCUGGAAGCAGUCAAUAGGGCACGACGCCCACUAGCAAGACCCAUUAAAUCUAAUGAGAUUCUGCCUCCAGAACGCGGUCGUGAAGUGGCCAAAGAGCUGGGAGUCCCAUACUACGAAACAAGUGUUGUGGCUCAGUUUGGAGUAAAGGAUGUAUUUGAUAAUGCCAUCCGUGCAGCCUUGAUAUCGCGGCGCCACCUGCAGUUCUGGAAGUCUCACUUGCGCAAUGUGCAGCGCCCCCUCCUCCAGGCUCCCUUCUUGCCUCCCAAACCCCCACCACCAAUCAUCACUGUGCCACCUCCUCCCACCACAACUGAGGAGCAUCCCGGACGUCUUCUGGAAGACCCACUGUGUUCUGAUGUCAUCCUAAUCCUGCAGGAGAAUCAGAGAAUAUUUGCCCACAAGAUAUACUUGGCCACAUCCUCUUCUAAGUUCUACGACCUCUUCAUCCUGAACGCCCGUUCUCAAGAGGCUGAGAAGCCCGCCCGUGCCACUGCUCUUUCUGGCCGUGAGCUACUGAUGCGUGCUGCCAGCUUUGAUGUGUGUGAAAGCCCUGACGAGGGCGACACGGCAAACCUGCGGGCCUGCACCAGUGACGAUACCCUGAGGGACUCCGAUGGGAGCCGGAGGGGGAGAUUGCUGUCUACCUGGAGCAGGGCUUUUGUUAGCAUGCAGGAGGAACUGGUGGAUGACCCAGUGACUUACAGCCCCAGGCCUAUGACCGUGGUGCACAUGGACCAGUCUAUGCAGCUGGGACCCUUCCGUGCUGUGUUGCGCUACCUGUACACAGGCCAGCUGGACGAGCAUGAGAAAGAGCUAAUGCACAUUGCACACAUUGCUGAACUGCUGGAAGUAUUUGACCUUCGCAUGAUGGUGGCCAACAUCCUUAACAAUGAGGCCUUCAUGAACCAGGAAAUUACCAAAGCCUUUCAUGUAAGGCGUACCAACAGAGUCAAAGAGUGCCUGGCCAAAGGCACAUUCUCUGAUGUAGUGUUCAAGCUUGAUGAUGAAACGAUCAUGGCUCAUAAGCCCCUGCUCAUCUCCAGCUGUGACUGGAUGGCAGCUAUGUUUGGGGGACCCUUUGUUGAAAGCAGCACAAAAGAGGUGCUGUUUCCUAACACAACUCGGAGCAGUAUGAGGGCCGUGCUGGAGUAUCUGUACACUGGGCGCUUCUGUUCCCGCACUGACCUGGAUGCUAUGGAGCUCAUUGUCCUUGCCAACCGUCUUUGCCUCCCACACCUGGUUGCGCUUACAGAGCUAUACACAGUUACAGUACUAAUGGAGGCAGCUGUGAUGGGGGCUGAUAUUGACGGAGAUGUGCUGGUGUACCUGGAUAUGGCUCAGUUCCACUGUGCCCAACAACUGACUGGCUGGUGCCUUCACCACAUCUGCACCAACUAUAAUAGUGUCUGCCGGAAGUUCCCUCGUGACAUGAAGGCCAAGUCCACAGAAAACCAGGACUACUUUGAGAAGCACCGCUGGCCACCAGUGUGGUUCCUGAAAGAGGACGACCACUACCAAAGAGCACGGAAGGAGCGGGACAAAGAGGACUACCUGUACCAGAGGAGGCAAUGUAAACGCAAGUGGCUGUUCUGGAACCUUCCAUCUACUCCCUCUGCCAACGCCUCAUCUUCUGGUUCCAAUUCUGUCAUCUAAUUGGUUCUCAGGGUACAUACAAGGCUGUCUGUGGGGAUAUGUAGAGAUUACUUGAGAAAGCUGAGUAUCAGCACUUUUGGCCAGGCCUAGGUCCACUAAUUCAGGCCCUUCCUCUUCUCAUUUCCAUCUGCAACCUAGCUACACACUCCAAGAUUUGCAAGGUCAGCUAUAUUGGAUAAUGAAUUAAAUGAGGCUCUAUUGUUUUUUGUAUUAACAUAUACUGUCAUAUUGCAAUGCAAAACAAUGAAGCUCAAACUACUAAGAUUAGCUGCAUUUUAACAUUUUGAGCUCUCAAUAUGAAAUUCCUGCAUACACUAUCAGGGGGAACUGCACAAGUCACAAGGAGAUUUUGCUUUAAGGUACAGACUGUGAUCCUAAGCAUGAUAAUCCCUGAUUGACUUGAAUUGACUUGCUAGUGUUUAGCCGCUGCACCAGACAAAUGAUUGGCAUAGCAACACAGAAAUCAAAUCUCAGUAACACAACACUUGGCCGUUAAGUGUUUGUACAAACUACCGAACCUGGCUGUAUGUAGUAACCACUCAAAAUAAAUAAAAUACAUCAGGUCUGCAUUUCAGAUUAUUUAUUAAUAUGUGACACUGCUCUAGACCGCCUGCAAAUAGGAAAACACUUAGUGUACAGAAGUAUGUCUUAAAUUAUUUGCUUUGAAGCCAGUCAACUUUUGUGUAGUUACUCUAUAUCUAAUACACAUUUCUCAACUGAAAUCUACUAUGUGAGUGUAAACACAUACCCCGGUAUACAUGUGAUGUUCUCUUGUGACAUGUGGCUACUUGAAAGAAAAGGGCUUUCUUUUACAAAGCCACAGUUAAAAUCUGUUGUUAAGAUGCAAGACUCACAGAAUAUGAAUCUGUUGUUAAGAUGAGUAUCACAGAAUAUUGUUCAGCAUUUACUGAACAAAUAAUGGAAUGACUUGAUAAACAAAAUUGAAUUACUUUGCUAAGUUUUCUUUUCCUUCAAAUCUGCAAUGGUAGUUUAUCAGGAUGGUCUGAUAUACUAUAUUUAGCCACAUAUCUUGAACCAUAGCGAUGAAUGGUUAAUGCCACUGUCAACCAGAGCAUUGUCAUUCCACAUUAUAUAGCAAUGCAUCAGCUUCUUUUCAGAAACCUGUAGGCCAACUCCUAGUCUUAAAGUGUCCACAUGUAUAGCAUGUCCUCCUUUGGUACAGUGGUGUCACAGGCUAUACAAGCAUGGCGGUGUCUGUACUGAGAAAGACUUUGCCUGUUAGAAGUUUCCCUUUUUUCAUAUAGGAUAUCCCUGUGACUACAUUUUGUUGGUUGAUUCAGAAGUACAACUGUCCUUAGUUUUGUUAUUUAUCUAUAAAUGCUUUCUCACAACCCUAAUAAUGGCCUGUUCUCAGAUUGCACCUGUAUCAGCAACCUGAUGAGAGCACUGAGCGAGGCAACAAUUAUAAUGUGCACAUAGGUGUCAUGAUAUAUGUCAAAAAAAAUCAUAUGCUGAGAAUAAUAACAGCACUACUAGAAGUUGUUAGGAAGGUGGGUGAAGAAUGGCAAUGUUGACCCAAAAUUAUAGUCAGACAUUUAGCAAAGCAGAAGUUGUUUUAAAGCCCCACAGCAGUAGAAAUCCCUGUUUCAGACAUGAAAGACAAUAGCCAGAGCUUACCCAUACAUUUAAAUGUCAUAAUUUUAGCCAGUGUCAUAUAUUUGAUAUUAAAAUAGUAAAUACUAAUGUCCCACUUUGAUUUUUCAGUCAAAAUGUGUUAUGUCUUUUCCUAUGAGAUGACCUGCACAUUCUUGUCAAGAUUUUAUUUUAAAAUGCUACCACCCAGCAGCAUGGCCAUGUUUAUUAAUAAAUCAGUGUUGGUCUAUAUCUUCGAGGUGAAACUGACAUACAGCAUUUCACAGUAGGUGACAUUUAUUAGAUUUUUGUAAACCAAACCGAGGUAGAGAUGCAAAUGUAUUCACCUCAACCUGUUUCCUGUGAAGUUAUAAUCCACUGGAAAACAUGGAAAAUGUAAUGAAUUUUUUGGUAUUUUUUGAGAAUGUAAUAUGCAAAAAAGUAUUCGCGAAAGUAUUCAGACCCUUGAUCAACUCUCUGAUAAUACUGAAUUACAAAUUCUACAAUUACAUUUUCAUAUUUUUUUCAUUUUAUUUUAAAACAACUCAAAAUCAAUUACUUUACAGUGACAUUGGUUUCAUGCUGUGAAAUAUUUGUAAGGGAAAUAACAAACUGAAGUAUAUUUCUUACAUAAUUCCUCUAUCGAGGACACAAAAGUCACUGGCCACCACCUGUGAAACAUUUAAAUUGCUAUGACUUUUAUGGAUAAAAUUCCCCUGUUGAAGGAUCAUUGAUGAGGCUGUGAAUCAGGAUGAAACUGAUGACCAAAGGGCAUUAUCAAGAUAUCAGAGAUUAUGUAAUACAACUGCAUAGAUCAAGGAAAUUAUACAAAAUAAUGUAUAAGUGAUUGGAUUUCCUAGUGAGCAUAGUUGGGUCAAUUAUUAACAAGUUGGAAGCAACAUUGCGCCAUGCAGACACUGUCAAGAAUAGUCUGUCCCUCAAAACUCAGCACUCAAACAAGAAGAACUUGUAAGAGAAGCCUCAGACAGG